UAGAUCCGCGGCAGCAGCAGCUUCUGUCACCGCCGCGGCUACUACUUCUCUCCCGUGCUGAACGGGAGUCCUGUCUUCGCUCAGCUUCACUGGAGGAUGCGUGAAGAAAACGGCGCUGUUUUCUGAAUAAAACAAGACUCGUUCGUUUUUUUCCCCCACCUUUCAACCUCCUUUUCAACCUCCCCUUUGCAAGUCUCGUCGAGAACUCACUUUCUCAGCCGCGGGACGUUCACUGACCUACUACGUGCUCAGGUUUACAUCAGCAUUCAGAGGAACUUUCCAAAACACAGCUCGAGUGCGGGUUAAGGUUGAGCUUCUUUUGUUUGCACAGCUGUUGUCACAGAAGACUCGGACCAGUUUCUCACCAGGAGACCUCCAUAUACGCUUUUCAGGACUGGGGCGACUUCGAUGGAGUGAGAGAUUUCCGCAGAUGAAAAUAAUACCAGGUGAAGAAGCCAAUUUGAGUCUUACCAACUAAACGGAUUUUACCCACAUAAUGGAUGGAGUUGACACCUUGCAGAGCUCGGAACCAGAGACCAAAGCUGAGCGAAUUGCCCGCUACAAAGCAGAAAGGAGAAGGGAGCUCGCAGAGCGCUACGGCAACACAGAGGAAUACACUUCCAAGUACGUCCGGAGGGACAGGAAAAUCGGGGACACUUCGGAAACGGUGUCUUCAACCACCAAAGAUAACGACUCGGAGCCGACAUAUAGCAGGAGGGGCCUCAGGAAUAAAGUGGAGCACACUGAGGAUGAGCCCGCACAGAAAAAAGAGACGUCCACUCACCUCAGAACAGAUGCAGUUUCAUCCUCUAAAUUGGAGACCGUCUCCUCCUAUAAGACAUCAUCCCAUUUCAGGCUUCUGGAACCUGAUGACAGCGAGAAGCCACAGGUUGCUGAGAUACCGGUGGACUCAUCCAAGAGGUCUGCUACAUCCAAAAAGUCCCUCUUUAAGGAGCUGGAGGUGUCCGAGGAUGGAAGCAGCCGUCAACACAUGGCGGACAAAGUAAAGCGUCGCCCAAUGAGCAGCGACGAGGACGAAGCCUCCAGCAGGCUUCAUAAAUAUGAUAAAGAAGAGGCAAUGGACGAGACGGUGACCACAGAUGAGCUAUCGGGGACUGCUGCAGCUGCUGCUACAGAGGAAAAAAAGCCUUCCAGUCUCCUUCCUGACAUCAAGUCCAGAGACGUCUCUCCUCCUCCCUCUCCUUCCUACCAGCCUGCCGCUCUGCAGCGCCAAGACUCGGGGCCUCGAGGUAUUAAGGGAAUCCUAAAGAAAAGCCGCUCCACCAGUGUGGAGUCAGACCACAGCGAGGGCUCGACGCCUGAGUGCCCGCCAGCCCGACAAAGCAGCAUCACCCUCAGCCACGCAGAGAGCGAGGAAGACACACAGGAGGCAGAUGAAGAAGACGAGGAGGAGGAGGAGGAUAUGGACGAUGACUUCUACGAGGAGAAUGACGGAGAGGAUGAGUCAUUUGCUGACGAGGUCACAGACGGCGGGGGCUUCAGUGUGGACAGACGGCAGAGGGACGACGGCAGCAGCAGCGGCAGCAGCAGAGGGAGCUUUGAGGAGAUGCUAAGUCCUUCACCUGACGAGAGCCUGGAGAAGAGCUCCACAGUGUCAGAGGAUGUUGAGGAUCUGGAGAGCAGUUUGGAUGGAAGUCAGGGAUCUUCACUCAAACACAGACUGACAGAGUUCACUAAUAAGGCAGAAGAAAAGAAGGAGCGACUGAAAAAGCCCAAAGCAUCUGAAAAGAUCCAGACUUCACUGACUGAUCGCCUUGGUCAGCUCCAAGAUUCUGAAAAUGCCUGGAGGAAAAAGAAGUCCAACGUCGACAUGGAGCCAAAGAUGUCGCUGAUGGACAGGAUGAAGAUCCUGAAGGAGAAGGAGGAGCAGUGGAAGAGCAGAGGCAAAGGAGCAGCCAACGACUCGGUCCAGUUCACUGUAGCUGGACGCAUGGCCAAGAGAGGUCUCGUGUCAGACACAGGAAAGGAGGAGUCACCUCUUCAGUCCCUCAAGAAGUCUAAUGCCACACCUGUGAAGCCACAUGAAGAAAUCUCCUGCAGAACUGACGUCAAGGUGGAAGGAGAUAAAAGGCUGGACAAGCUCGAGUCCUUCCUGGAUAAACUCCACAAUAAAGGCGUGAGCAAAAGCAAAACGUCCACCAUCGAGGUCACCGCAGAGACGGAGAAAGAGGUGAUGACCUUGGACGAUGACGAGACGUUUGGCAACUUCUACAGAUCAGUCUCGCCCUCGGCACUGCGGGAGUCCAGUGUGGUCGUUACCAAGGAGUCUUUCAGUCAGAUUCAGGCCGACACACCAAAGCUCACCUCAGCCGUAGCAGAACACAAGCGUGCAGUGCGACCGGCCCGGAGAAACCAGGGCUCCAGGAACCCUCUGCGCGCUCUGGCUGCUCGCAACGACCUGCGGCAGGUUUACACCGAACAGAGACUUAAUGUGGCCAAAGUGGAAACCAAGAGGAUCCAAGUGGAGAGGAUGGCGAAACACUCCAACCUGGCCGAUGUGGCCUUGGCGGGCCUCGCCAGCAAGGAGAACUUCCGCAAGGUCAGCCUGCGCAGCGUCAAGUCCACCGAUGUUGUGACCAACAACAGCACGCUGCCUUUCAACAAGCUCAUGCUCAUCCGCAUCAAAGGUCGGAGGCACGUGCAGGUGCGCCUGGUUGAACCCACAGCUCACUCUCUGAACAGUGGCGACUGUUUCCUUCUCAUAACACCAAAGCACUGCUUCAUGUGGAGCGGAGAGUUUGCCAACGUCAUUGAGAAAGCGAAGGCAUCAGAGAUGGCGUCGUUCGUCCAGGCCAAGAGAGACCUUGGCUGUAAGGCCCCGCAGGUGACAGUGCUGGAGGAGGGCAUCAACACUGACAGCAGAUGGGCCAAAGAGUUCUGGACCCUGCUGGGAGGAAAGACUAAAUACAGAGGGGCGGGCGAGCCAGAGGAGGAUGAACUGUAUGAGAGUGGGGUGCUGGACUCUAAUGGGGUGUACAGACUGCAGGGAGACAAACUGGUGCCUCAUGAAGAUGCCUGGGCAUCCAUCCCGAGUGUCACCCUGCUCGACUCUAAGGAGGUCUUAGUGUUUGACUUUGGCGGUGAAGUGUACGUGUGGCAUGGGAAGGAUGUGCCCUUAGGAGACAGAAAAGUGGCGGUGAAACUGGGCAAACAGCUCUACGCUGGCAGCUACGACUACAGCAACUGCAGAGUCAACCCUUUAGAUGCCUCGUGCACAAAUGAGGACGUGCCUCAGCAGGGGGAGGGUCGUCCAAGCUGGGCUCUGUUUGGCCGGCUGUCGGAGCACAAUGAGACGGCACUGUUCAAAGAGAAGUUCCUGGACUGGGCUGAGAAGAAAAAGGAGGAAGCUGCUCAAGCUGAGGAAAUCAAGAGUCCGGUCCAUUCUACUGUCCGCUCCCCACUCGAACUGGAACUGCAGCCAUGUGAUGCCAGAGCCCUGCUGGACAAUGAGCCCGAUCCCGUGAAGACCGUUCUGGAGGGAGUAGAUGUCCAGCGGGGCUACGGCCUGGUGAGGACGGAGGACGGCCGACAGGCGGAGUUAGCCACCGUGGCUGUCGAUGUGUGGCACAUCAAGGAGCACAGUGAGGAGGAGCUCCCGGCGGAGAGCCUGGGCCAACUGCACGAGAGCGACGCUUACGUCAUCCGCUGGAAGUAUUCAGUCACCACACUGGUGGGCAAGCGUCAGAAACCUGGGGAGCUGAGUGCUGCAGCGUCUGGAAGAGAGAGGAUCGCCUGUUUUUUCUGGCAGGGCCGUCACUCCAGCGUCAGUGAGAAAGGAACCUCAGCCCUCAUGACAGUGGAGCUGGGCAGCCACAGGGGGUCGCAAGUGUUGGUGAGUCAGGGGAAAGAGCCUCCAUGUUUCCUCCAGCUAUUCCAGGGAGGUUUGGUCAUUCACAGGGGAAACAGAGAGGAUGGUGCCAACAACAAAGGAGGCUGGAGGUUGUUCUGUGUCCGUGGUGAGGCACAGGCGGAGGCGUCGCUGGUGGAGGUGGAGUGCCAGCGUGCCAGUCUGCGCUCGCGUGCCAGCCUGGUGCUGCUCAAUGCUCAGAAAGCUCAGCUCUACUUGUGGCACGGCUGUAAAGCACACGUCAGUGCCAGGCAAGUGGCUAAAAGAGCUGUGGACAAACUGACCCAGAGGUGUCCCUCAGAGUUAGGUCUCAGCAGCAGCAGCAGUGUGAAUGUUAAGGAGGUGGAAGAAGGCGCUGAACCUCCAGAGCUGGUGAAGGCUCUGGGUGCGCAGGAUAAGAAGGCCUACGACUGUAUGCUGCAAGAUCCAGGGAAAUACAACUACACGCCCCGGCUGUUCCGCCUCAGUGCCAGCUCCGGGAUUUUCGAAGGGGAGGAGAAGCUGUAUCCUGCUCGGGUGACGGAGGGAGUCAUGGCCAUGCCUUUCCUCCAGGAGAACCUCUACGCCACACAGCAGCCAGCUCUGUUCCUGCUGGAUAACCGUAUGGAGGUCUACCUGUGGCAGGGCUGGCAGCCUGACGACACACAGUGCACCGGCUCUGCAAAGAUGCGCUGGGACAAUGAGAGGAAAUGUGCCAUGGACACUGUGCUGCAGUACUGCAAAGAAAAGAACCCCCGGCGCCCCCCUUUGGCUUAUCUGGUCAUAGCAGGCUUUGAACCCCUCACGUUCACCAAUAUCUUUCCAUACUGGGAGAAGGAUACCAGCAUCACUUCAAAGGCGGAGAGCGCCAAGAACAAAGUGAUGUUGGUGAAGGACGUGCUGUCUAAACUCAGUAAACAGCAGUACUCCAUCGAGGAGCUCACCUGCAAACCACUGCCAGAAGGAGUGGACCCUCUGCGCCUGGAGGAUUACCUGUCGGACGAGGACUUCAACACACUUCUGGAGAUGAGUCGAGUCGAGUUCAACGCUCUGCCAAACUGGAAGCAGAAGAAUCUGAAGAAGAGCAAGGGUCUGUUUUGAAACUGCAAAAAACACACAACGAACAAACCUGCCCGUUCUUUACGUUCUCUGCAGCUUUUUAUUCCAAUAAAUAAAUAAUGUCCUCGUUUUGUAAAGGUAAAAGACAAAUGUACAGUUUUGUUCAAACGUUGACCUAUUUUUAAAGAAACAAUUCCACUUCUUUUUUAAUAUUUCUCCGUGUCAAUGAAAUACUUUUACUCAACAAUUAUGUGCAAUUUUUAAUCUGCUUCGAUGGUCAAAAAAAAAAGUUACCCCCCCCCCAUAUUAUAAAUAUGUAUUAUACUAUAAAUGAAUGUGUUUUUUUGUGUGUGUUUACUCCAGACUGGUGGGUUUUUCACCUGACAGUAUGUUUGCUAUGGCAAUUACCUGUGCUUUGAAAUUCAUCCAUUUUUAUAUUUCAUUAAAAAUAACAAGCCAUCUCUGUGUAGCUGCGGUAAAUCGAUGAGCUGAAAUGAGGAAAAGGAAGGAAAUCGACACAAACCGCUGCUCAUGGAACAAUUCCUGUCACCUGUGGUCAGUUCAGAGUGUCACACUAAGACUGUGGUUGUAAAUGUGUUCUUUUUCUUUCUAUAUUCAUCAAAAAAUUAAGUCCAAAACCCCUAGAUUUCUAUAUUAAAUGGAGGCACUGACACAGUCAAUGCUGAAGCAGAGGCUCGACCUAGUAAAAUGUUCAAUAGUUGAAGAUUUUUGCAAAUUAAUGUCACCAUUUAACAGCUUUUAGUGUCACUCAAUAAACCACUGAAAGGAGGUGGUGCAGGGAGUUGAUUGGUUUGCGACAUAAACUUGAGAUACGUGUAAGAAAAGGCAGAGUUAAAUUGGCAGACAUGGUUUUUAAGAUAUCAUGCGAUGAUGUUACCAGUUGGAAUCCUUUGCUCCGUGGCUGAAUUCUGUGUUUCCAUGUCGUCAGCGAGCGUUCCGCCACACGGAAACACGAGCUGUCCCUUUUAAUCGAGGCAGAGAUGAUUCGGAACAGAAGCGUGAACAUUCAACAUUACUGAAAAUGACCAAUAAUCCUUUUUUUUUGUUGUUGUUGUUGCAAGUUUGGUACUAGAUAUUUCCUGGUUCUCAUGUGAAACUGCCUUUGAUAUCUGGUUGUUUGGGACCAAAUGUAAUCGUUUUGUAUCGUUACUAAGGUUGUUUCUGUGAAUGUGAGCGUGUGUGUGUGUGUGUGAAUGUACAACCAUAAAGUAUUACGCGUGUGUGUGUGUGUGAGAAACGUUGCUGCCUUUCAUCUGUGCUCCUUAUAAUAACAAUGGUAUUAUUUUUACACAUGUGUCAUAUACAGCUACUGGUUUGCUUUUCCUUAACAAUCUCAUGUCAGUCAGUGUCAGUAUGCAUCAUUUAUCACGGAGACAGUGACCAGGUCAGCUUUUAUCUCAUGGCACAUGGAUGGUGGCAGGGACAAAGAGACAAACACUCAAAAUUCCAUUUUUAAAUAAAAUAUUUAACACAAUAAAGUGUGGGUUUUCAUCUGCAAA